UAGAUUCUUAUUGUUUAUCGACAGUUUAUUUUAAAAAGAUGAUCACAGUUGUCUAUUUGGUUAAUUCAAUUGCUGUAUCUUUGCUCGUUGGAAAUGAUUUACUUAAUUUUCCCAUUCAUUUUGCUUUCUCUGCAUCUCUCUCCAAUUCAAUCCAUAGAGUUAUCUGAAAAUGAGCUGGACUCUUACUGGACAACUUAUAAGGUUAGACAUGGUAAAAAUUAUACAUUCUCGGCUGAUGAUUAUUUCCGUAAAUAUGCUUUUGGAAUGAACCUGAACAAGAUAUUGAAACACAACACUGUUGCCGAUUUGGGUUUGAGAAAUUUCAAGCUCUCUUUGAAUCGAUAUGCUGACAAAACUACUGGUGAAAUGGUUAAACAAAGGACUGGCCUUUCCUCAACUAGCCUGAAAUCAGCCCAACUCAAACUUUUCAAGCCUAGGUUAACUGAUGCCAAUGUCACCAGUGACAAAGGAUCUAGUUUUGACUGGCGUUCACAUGGGAUUGUAAACCCACCAGUUGAUCAAGGUGAAUGUGGUUCUUGCUGGGCUUUCGCCACAACAAGUACCAUUGAAGGACAAUGGGCAUUGAAAACGGGCCAGUUAGUUAAUGCAUCUGCUCAGCAACUGAUUGAUUGUUCUUGGUCUAAUGGGAAUGAAGGUUGUGGUGGUGGUAACAUGCUUGGUGCUUACACUUAUCUAGCUGAUGAACCCUUUGUCGAUGCUACGGAUUAUCCUUAUUUAACUAAAGAUUACGUGUGUUUGGACCAACAAAUCAAGCUCAAGUAUGGUAAAAUUCGUACUAUUGGGUUUGUUACACCUCUCGAUGAAACUGAACUUGCUUUGGCUGUUAAGGAGAUUGGACCCAUUGCAGUGGCUAUUGAUGGUAGCUCACCUUAUUUGACGUUUUACUGGGAAGGAAUCUAUGAUGAUGAUACCUGUACAAAUCAAGUUAAUCAUGCUGUUACCCUGGUUGGGUUUGGAACAGAUUCAAAUGGAAUCGACUAUUGGAUUGUCAAAAACAGUUGGGGAGCUGAUUGGGGUGAUAACGGAUAUUUCAAAAUGAGGAGAGGUGUUAAUAUGUGUGGUGUUGCUGAGAUGCCAAUGUAUGCUAAUUUUUAACUACGAAACAUAAUAAUGAUUAAUGCUGUAAAGAAGCAUGUUUAUUUAGCAAAAAGAAGUUUCUUUUUUAAAAUUUUAUUAACUGACUGUUAACUUUCAAUAGAAAAUUUAAAUAAAAAGUAAAAAAUAAUGCAUAAA